UUUAAUUCAUACGAUUAAUUCUGUUAACUUUCUUAAGGCAUAAUUUACGUACUCACCAGUGUGGCCAGCUAAAUAUGGCUGUAAUAGCUACUGCCCCACCGAUACCGAUAUCGAUAAUACACGGUUUGGAAUGCAACAGAAUUCGUUGGAAUUUCAGUUUGAAAAGAAAGCUUUCGAAAAGAAAGCGCUUGGCUCGCUCGUGUCGUGGAUCGGAGGAGGAUGCUGGGCUGACGAACGGAUUAUUCAACGCGCCGCAAAAAUGGCAACGCUCGCAAACAAAGCCCAAACGCCUCGAAAGUCCCAUUAUAAGGAAAUAUUCGCGUGAAGUUUUGAUUAAAUCGAGUGUUAAAGUGUUGUUUUCAAUUGGCGAUACCAAAACGACGGGUGCCCGAGUGUCCCGACUUAAUUUUCGACUGUCUAUAUAUAGAUCCUCUGUAUAGACAAGCACAAUAUUGCAAAUAGGUUAAAUAUCUAACGUCUCGGAAUGGGAAAUCAGCCGGGAAAGCUGCACACGCAUCCGCAGAGCGGUCGCCCCAAGAAGGCCGUUCACUGGAAGUCAGCAGAGCGACCCUCGCCACCCGGUCGACCCAUCCUGACGCCAUUGGCGCAGCCAGAGCAACAGCCGGACGUGGUCAAUCUGAGGUGGGAUCGGCCCCUCCAUGACGGGGGCUCUCCGAUCACUGGCUACACGGUGGAGCACCGUCGCAUGGGGUCACCGCAUUGGGUGAGGGCCACGCCCAUUCCCGUGACUGGCUGCGAUGUCUGCAUCAGCGGCUUGGAGCCAGGAUGGCGCUAUCAGUUCCGCUGCUUCGCCGAGAACAUUGUGGGUCGCUCCGAUGCCAGCGAGUUAUCGGAUCCACUGACUGUAACACUGCAGCGGAAUGCGAUCACAGUGCCACGAUUUAUUGACGAGCUGGAGGACAUGAAUGCCGUGGAGGACGAGCGCAUCGAGUUCCGGGUCCGCAUCCUAGGCGAGCCACCGCCGGAGAUCAAUUGGUUCAAGGAUGGCUACGAGAUCUUUAGCAGUCGGCGCACUAAGAUCAUCAACGAUAACGAGGCCAGCGUCUUGGUUAUCCACCAAGUGGCCCUUACGGAUGAGGGAGAGAUCAAGUGCACGGCUACUAAUCGAGCGGGUCAUGUGGUGACCAAGGCCCGUCUGAUGGUUCAGGCUCCACCGAAGAUCCGGCUGCCCCGCACUUACGAGGAUGGACUGAUCGUGGAGGCUGACGAGGUGCUGCGGCUUAAGGUGGGCGUGGCUGGACAGCCACCGCCGGCCAUAACGUGGCUCCAUGAGGGCGAGAUCAUUGCCCCAGGUGGACGCUUCGAGAUCACCAACACAGAGAAGAACUCGCUGCUCAAGAUCGACAAUGUGCUGCGCGAGGAUCGUGGCGAGUAUAUGGUGCGGGCCUGGAACCGACUGGGCGAGGACAGCACCUCUUUUCUGGUCACGGUGACGGCCAGACCCAAUCCGCCGGGAGCACCCAAGCUGAACAUGUCCUUUGGCAAGUCUGCAACGCUCUCCUGGACAGCGCCACUUGAUGAUGGUGGUUGUAAGAUCGGCAACUACAUCGUCGAGUACUUCCGCGUGGGCUGGAAUGUGUGGCUCAAGGCGGCCACCACUCGAGCCCUGACCACUACGUUGCACGAUCUGAUCGAGGGAUCCGAAUACAAGUUCCGUGUCAAGGCGGAAAAUCCCUAUGGACUCAGUGAACCCUCGGGUGAAUCAGAGCUACUCUUCAUACCGGAUCCCAAGAGGGGAAUAACCAAGCCCAAAUCAGCUACCAAGAUAGCAGGAGUAGAGAAGGACAAGGGUGAUGCAGGAGCCGAGGCAGUGCAGGUUCCGCCCCGCCGUAAGACCCUAUCGCCACCACGUCCACAUGCGGAUGCCUCCACGGGAAUGUCGCCGAAGCAGUCGCCCAGCGUGAAGCGAAAGCCCAAGCCCCAGCUCAUUGAUAACGAGCAGCUGCAUCACGAGAUGUCCUACGGCACCUCCGACCAGGCUCUGAAGAUGGACGUGCGCAAGAGUCCGUCGCAGAGCAGUGCCGACUUGGCCACCAAGUCCACAACUGUGGGCUCCAAUCCGAAGUUGAAUCUGACACUGGUCACCACUACUCUAGCUCCGUUAGAGAAAUCGGAAGUGCAGCCACGGUCACCAAAGUCUCCUGUUUCGCCGCCUUUGAAGCUAUUCAACAUCAAGCCCUCGGGACCUGCGAAGGACAACACUAAGCCGAAGGACAAGUCACCUUUGGCAAUACGACAACCGCAGCCAUUGCCCACACCGCCCAAGGAUAAGACGGAGAAGACGUCGCCCAAUCGCAAGAGGAGUUUGAGUCCACCGAACAAGAGGCAACCGGUGCCGCUUCGAAAGAGUCCAACGCCACCCGAACCCAUGAAAGCAACAGCAGCUCUACUGCGAAGCGCUGAACCCGUUCAACUCGGAGUCAACCAGAACGUCAGACGCUUCUCAGGACAGACACUCAGUCCGGCCAGGAAUGUGCCCACUCUGGCGCUUGCUGUGGCUUCAGGGGUAACCGCUGUGAUUGGCGAGAAGCUGCCAACCAUUGAGAUCAGUGCGCCUCCCACACCGCAAGAGGAGGAGCCAUCGCCAUCUCCAGUGCCAGCUCCGAUGAUGUCGCAGCCCAUUUCAAGGCGGUCUUCCAGGUCAGCGGAUAAACAUGACGAUGUCCAUACCAGCAAUGAGUUUAUGCUUGUCGUGUUUGAUAAGAACAGCAAAGUCAAGGACAAGGACAAACAAGAUUCCUUCGAGCUGGACCUGGAGGAUGCCAUCCAGCCGCCUCCCAUCUCGAUUUCGGCUCCGGAUCUGGCCUUCCUUGAGUUCACCAACUUGCACACCACUUUUCCGUUGCGUCGCUCUGUCAGCUCCACGGAGUUGCUGUACGAGCGGGCAAUGGCGCGCUUCUACGAGGCUGUGGAGCUUGAGCAGGCUUCCAAGUCGCGCAAGACAUCCCAGGAUAAACUGGCAGCCGCUCCAACGCCUCGCGAACCGCCGGCCAAUCUGCGCAAGCGUCUUGGUUCUAUUUCGGAGGCGGAGCGUGUAUCCUUCGAGCGGAGAGCCGAGCUGCGUCGUCAGUCGGCAGACAUGGUGUCCAUGGCGCGCAAAUGGGACUCGAGGGAGAAUGUCAACGAUUCGGGCAACCUAACGCGCCCUGGACAGAUGCCUUUGGAGACGCGACAGGAUCUUAGGGAGCCCCAGGACCAGGAGGAGCUGGAGGAAGAACAUUUGACGGAGAGCACUGCCGACGAUAGCGAGGAUAUGGAUCUGGACUUUGACGAUGACGAUGCAGACGUGGACUUGGAGUAUCCGUCGCAAAGACAAAAGCAGCAACACCAACAGUUGCAGCAGCAGUCCAGCAACGACCUCGGAUCGGACUAUACGGAGAGCACUGCCUCCUCGGAGCAGGACUCCAUUGAGAAGUUUAAGAUGGAGCUGCUGGCCCGCACGCGCUCACCCAGUCCCCGAGACCUGGAAACCUAUCAUCCGCGCACCAUGGGCGCCGGAACCUUCACACCCUACAGAGCACCCACUCCAGAGCAGGCUGCCGUGGUCCUCACGCGUCCAGUGCCUUUGCCUAGUCCCGAUUUCGUCCCCAAGCCAAUCUUGAAGCGUUCCUCCAAUGAACAUGUAGAACAGUCAGCGAUGAGUCCCUUGCCGGCUGGGACAGGAAACGAACCUUUUGGCGGAGCCACUGUGCCUCCACCAAUUGCAGCAGCUGUCGUCAGCAACCCUAGCACCCUCAAAAUGGACCUAGCCAAAGGUAUCAAGUCGUUCUUUAGUCGCGACAAACGCUCGGCCACCGAGAAGAACACGGAGGCUAAUGAAGAGAUAUCCAAUCCACUGGAGAAGACAAAUGCAGCUGCCAUUGCUGCGGAUUUGGAGGCGAAGCGCAAGGCCAAAGAGGAGGAGGAGUUGCGCCGCAAGGAGGAGGAGCGUCUCAUGGAAGAGGAGGCCCAUGCCGCCGUCGAUCACUACAGCGAUCUGGUGCGAGAGGUGGGCAGCUCACAUAGGUAUCACACGCCGCUCUACCUCGAUCGCGAUGAGUUGAAGCGGGCGGCUGCCAAGGCGGCGGCAGAGACCGAUGAGGAGGACAUCCUCUCGCACUCGGAGGAACUAAAGAAACGACUAGCCAGCGGUGCCAGUGGUGAUGACAUGUUCCUAGCUCCUCCAGUGGUCCGAGAGCGACGUCUCUCCAUUUCAGAACGUGAACAGUUGGUCCAUGUACGUGAUGCAGCUAGUAAUUUGGCCAUUCAGCGCGCUCCGGACCAGGCUGAGACAGAUCAGGAGAAGGAGCGGGAACAACAGGUGUCCCACCACGAGGAAUACCUCCCGGAUGAGGAGCCAGAAUACCCCACUGUGCUGGUGGUGCCGCCGCCCAAAUCCAAAAAGAAGAGCGAAUCGGAGACUGAAAGCGUCAUGAGCGAGAUGGUGGAGGCUCGUCCGGAUGCCAGAGGACGUACACGCCUCGUGAAGGUAAAACGAGUGAUAAGGCGGCGUGUUCCGUCCAGCACACGAUCGCGUGACACCUCCCUAAGCAGACCGUCGCUUCCCACUGGAACGGAGUCAUCUGCCCUCGUUUUAUCCACCGCCGAUAGGGAGCUUCUGGAGAAGACUGCCGCUCUGGCCAUCCUUCAGUCGGAGGAGCAGGCUCACGAAAAGGUCCGCUCUGCGUUGAGCUACUCCACCGAUCUGGUCCUCUUCCUGGUCGCCUGCUAUGUGUAUUUGUUCAAGGAUGCCCGCCUGGUGCUACCCAUCCUGGGUCUGAUCAUCUACCGCCAGGUGGGCGAUGCUGUGCGCGGUUGUGUGCCCAACUGGCUGCGUCGUCGGCUAAACGGGAAUGAGGGAAGUUAGACAAUUGGACCAGAAUCCCGUCCCAUGUCCGCUAUGCUCACAUGCGUUUAUCGGUUAAGUUAGUUAUUAUUACAUUACAUACGACUUAUUUAUACGUCUUAAGUAAGUAAAGUUGAAGGCAUGCAUCCAUCCAACCACCCAUCCACCAUUUCUCCAUAUCCCUCGAGUACAUCCUCGUACCCUUGAAAUCUGUAUACGUAAUUCUUUGGCUAGAUUCUUGUUUCGUACUAUUUCUUUGGGUUUUUUUUUUGUAUUUUACUUUUGGAUUUUAAUAAUGGAAUUUCACUUAUUUUAAUUUCAACUAGAAAUUUAUAAACAAACUUUUAAAGCGGAACAAGGAACAGCAAGAAAGAUAUCCCAAACUAAAUAUAUAUUAACCCUCAAGAAUUAAUUAAAAUUACAAAAAUGAUAUCCUAAAAUAUAUAUUAACCAUUAAUCAUUCAUAAUUCAUCUAAUCCCUUUGCUUGCUUAACAUUUUCCCUAUUUGUCGAAAUUAAUCCCAGCGAGAAAUUAAGUUCAUAUUUCAAGGACAUAUUCAUAAGAUCCUUAUUUUCCUCCCCACACUUUAUUUCGCUUUGUGUAUGUAUGUGGAGCUGGAGCUAUGUGAAGUCCUCAUGUUAUGAAGUGUUCGUUUGCGCGGUUCUUUGUGGUUUCCAUCAUCCGGAUUGUUGGUGAUUCACUUUGAAAAUAAAAAGCUUAGCGUGUUAUAAAUUCGUAAA